AGAAGCCUGUCAACGACAAGCCCCACAAGUUCAAGGAUCAGUACUUCAAAAAGCCCAAGUUCUGUGACGUCUGCGCCCGCAUGAUUGUCCUCAACAACAAAUUUGGCCUGAGAUGCAAGAACUGCAAAACCAGCAUCCACCAGCACUGCCAGUCCUACGUGGAGAUGCAGCGGCUUCGGCAAGAUGGCCCCCGGAUUCCGCCGGGCGUACAGCUCCCCGCUACAGCAACCAGCAAUACGCCUGCGUCAAGGAGCUGCUCUCGGCAGCCAAUCGCAGUGACCCCGUGUUCGAGACCCUCCGGACGGGCGUCAUCAUGGCCACAAGGAGAGGAAGAAAGGACAAGAUGAAGAAGAACCCCUUGGCCGCCAUGAUGGACGAGGAGCCGGAGCCUGGGAAGCACGAAGUGGGCAAACUCGAGGCAGGCAACCCAGAAGGACAGAAGGCAGAGAAAAGCACCUCCGAUGACAAGAACAAGAAGCCCCAGCCCGGCUUCCUGCAGACUCAUUACUUUGUGGCACUUUAUCGCUUCAAAGCCCUGGAGAAGGACGACCUGGAUUUCCACCCGGGGGAGAAGAUCACGGUGGUGGAUGACUCCAACGAGGAGUGGUGGCGGGGGAAGAUUGGCGAGAAAAUCGGCUACUUCCCCCCAAACUUCAAUCGGGUGCGGGCGGGCGAGCGGGUGCACAAGGUCACCAGGUUUGUGGGCAACAAGGAGAUUGGGCAGAUCACGCUGAAGAAGGAUCAGAUCGUGGUGCAGAAGGGGGAGGAAGUGAACGGCUACGUCAAGGUGUACGGCCGCAAGGUGGGGCUCUUCCCCGUCGACUUCCUGGAGGAGAUUUGAGCCCGCCCCGGCGCCGGCAGUGGUCUUUAGCCAAGGGGUGAGCGGGCUGGGCCUGGAGCCGCGACUCGGGCCCCGAACAUGGCCACCGGGUCAUUUCC